AUGAAAUCAACGUUGACAAUAUCUGUCAUUUUAUCCCUAUUUGUAACAAAUCAGGUGAUUGUUAUGUCAGCUGUAGUAACCAACAGACAGUUAUUGCUUGGUUCGGUGAUUGGUGCUACUCUCCUCGUGCCGUAUGUUUUGGAAUAUAAGUUUCUUACACCUGAGUGGAUUGCUCUGCUAACUUCUGGUGCCUUGCUGGCAACAAUUCCUAGAAGAACUACAAGCACUUCCAGAGAACCUACUUGUACUGCAUCUGGAUAUAAAUUCGACCCAUCAGCGGGUUGUUUUCUUGUUGUAAAGAGACUCAUUUCUCCAGCCGCUGCCAAACAAGAGUGCAUUAACGAUGGUGGCAGUUUAUUGUUAGUUAAUUCAGCAGCUGAAGGGGACGUACUUACUGAGGAAAUGAAGGCUCUGAACCUAGGUGCUGCACUAGUUCAAGGUUCCCGGAUUAACGCUGCUGACCCCUGGAGAGAUGAUAAUGGUAACCCUCUACCAUAUACCGGAAGUGAUAUCAUUUACAAUAACAUUAAUGCAUAUACAAUAAUUGGUUACGUGCAAGAAAACAGAUUUGCAGCUAGUAGCGCUUCAUCGAAUGUUAUUGGAUUUAUAUGCGAAACGCCUGUUACAUACAUAUAA